AUGUAUCGCCAGGUUUUCGUUAGUAAUGAGUGCACGGAUUUACAAAGAAUUUUAUGGAGAUCAGAUAUUAAACAACCUCUGCAUCAUUACAGACUUAACACGGUUACUUAUGGAACGGCGUCAGCUGCAUUUUUGGCAAUUAGAAGUUUACAACAAAUUGCGCACGACAUCAAACAGGAUUUACCUCGGAUUAGCAGUAUUAUUUUGAGGGAUUUUUAUGUAGAUGAUUUGCUGACUGGCACGAAUACUAUCAGUCAAGCUUUUGAAAUAAAACGACAACUAACAGAGGCAUUACAACAUUAUGGUUUUGAAUUGAGAAAAUGGCAAUCGAAUAUAGAUGAAUUCGAGCAAAAUGAGGAAGGAACGGAUCAUUGUUUAACAAAGGAAAUCGAAACUAAAACUCUUGGAUUGGUUUGGAAUUCAGCUACGGAUACUUUACAUUACAGAGUUAAAUUCAUUCCUCCAACAUGCGGUGUAACAAAACGAACUAUACUAUCUACCAUAUCACAGAUUUUUGAUCCAUUGGGAUUAAUAGCACCUACUACUGUUAGAGCGAAGUUAGUCCUACAGAAACUGUGGCAAUUACAGACCCAUUGGGAUGAAUCGAUUCCUGAAGAGCUGCAUAGCACUUGGAUAAAGCUAUGUAAUGGUUUUUCAGCAUUGAAUACGAUCAAAAUUCACCGUCAUGCAUUUUUAAAUAACUUUGAUGAUUUUCAAAUACACGGUUUUUGCGAUGCUUCUCAGACUGCAUAUGGGGCUUGUAUUUACAUAAGGACAAGAAAGGGAAAUAAAGUAAGAACAUCAUUGUUAACUUCCAAAACAAGAGUGGCACCUUUAAAGGGGCUAACAGUACCGAGAUUAGAGCUUUGCGGAGCACUUUUAUUAGCGAACUUAUUGACGAAUACACUUAGAGCAUUAAAUAAUGUUCCUACGUCUAUCAUUCUUUGGUGCGAUUCAAUGAUAACAUUAAACUGGAUCAACUCGGAGCCAAGCAGAUGGCAAGUAUUUGUAUCAAAUCGAGUUGCACAAAUUCAAGAAUUAACCGAACAAAAUCAAUGGAGGCACAUUCCAUCUAUGGACAAUCCAGCAGAUCUGGCAUCCAGGGGAAUGGAUGCUUCAGCACUUGUAAAUGCAGAUAUUUGGUGGACUGGCCCUCAGUGGUUAUCACAAACGGAAGAGAAUUGGCCGAGCAAGGAAAUAAAAGGCAUAAGUGAGGUGCCAGAAGCUAGGAAAAAUAAAAUGGUAUUUAUAAACGUUCAAAAACUUGAUUUAUUUUCAAAAUAUUCAUCGUUACAUAGGUUACAAAGAGUUACAGCUUAUUGUUUAAAGUUUAUCGACAGAACUAAGAACAAAACUAAGAAUCCUUGUAGUGAAAUUUCUGGGGACGAGCUUAAAAAUGCUCUCUGGAAACUGAUAAGAAUUGCUCAGUUGGAAAGCUUUUCUAGCGAGAUUAAACGGUUAAAGGCUUUACAAAGCUUACCUAGUGACAGUGGUUUGUUGGGUUUGGAUCCAUUUCUCAUUGAUGACCUGUUGCGAGUUGGUGGUAGAUUGGCCAAUAGCGACUAUCCCUUUGAUGCCAGACACCCUAUUAUAUUACCAAAAGGACAUAAACUAACUUACCUGAUUAUGCGAGAUGAACACUUGCGUAACUUACAUGUUGGACCUCAGGGUCUUCUGGCAACUAUAAGACAAAGAUUUUGGCCAGUAAAUGGUUUAAAUACUAUAAAGGGAGUUUUACGAACAUGUAUUACUUGUUUUAGAGCUAAACCUAAGGAUGUAAUGUAUAAAAUGGCUAACUUACCGCGUGUUAGAGCUCUUGAAAGCAAGCCUUUUGAUAACGUUGGAAUAGAUUUCGCUGGACCGUUUAACAUAAAGGGCGGGAAAUUAAGAAAUCGAGCCAUUAUCAAGGCCUAUUUAUGUAUUUUUGUUUGCUUUACUACAAAGGCGGUACACCUGGAGGUGGUUGGUGAAUUGAGUACUGAUGCCUUUUUGAAUGCUUUAAAAAGGUUCAUUUCACGACGCGGAUUGUGUCAAGACAUUUACACAGACAACGGAACCAACUUCGUUGGCGCAAAUAAUCAUCUUAAGAAAUUGACUUUAGAAACACAGAAAAUUGAAGUAUUUUGUGCAAAAAAUCAUAUACGCUGGCAUUUCAUUCCUGUGCGAUCCCCUCAUUAUGGUGGUUUAUGGGAGGCGGCCGUUCGCUCGGCUAAAAAACAUUUUAAACGUGUUAUUGGUGAUAUUGUACUUACCUUUGAAGAACUGUAUACUGUUUUUGUGCAAAUUGAAUCCGUUUUGAAUUCACGUCCUCUUAUGCCUAUUUCCAAUCACCCUAAUGACCCGGGACAUUUUCUUAUCGGAAAACCUUUAAAUGCAUUGCCCCAGGAAAAUGUUACGGAGGUUCCAAGCAACAAGCUCAAGCAAUACCGAAGGUUGCAACAAAUGUACCAGCACUUUUGGCAGAGAUGGAGCACUGAAUAUAUUCAAACAUUGCAACAACGUACCAAGUGGCAACAACAGUACACCAAUGUCAAAAUUGAUGAUAUGGUGGUCAUCAAAGACGAACGCGCAGCACCGCAACAAUGGAAACUUGGUAGAGUCAUAGAAAUAUUACCCGGACAAGACGGUGUGGUUCGUACUGUGAAGUUGAAGACUGCAGCUGGAGAAACUACUACGACAGUUAAGAGAGUUUGUGUGUUACCGUUUUGCACGGAAGAGAGAGACUCAAUAUAG